AAUGAAAUCUGUUAAAUUUUCAAAAGAAGAUUAUCCAGUAAUCAUGAAGAGCCUUGAUGAAUAAGAUGUAAUCAAUAAGAGAUUAAACCAAAUAGUUUGAAACCUUUAUCUCCUUCUUUAGAAAUACCGAACUCUUAGUUGAAUGUGAGUAUAUGCAAACACGCUCCAAAUAAAAAUUAGCACCUACCGAAAGUGCUUAAUUUUAAAUUGGUAGAAGAAACGUGUACGUUCAAACAACUGAAAUGAUAAAAAUAAGGAUACAGAAUGAAUGGGCGGGAUUCAUAAAAGGUCGAAUUUAUUACAGUGUUAAAGACAUUGAAGAAAGGGAUGGUGAUUUCUAAAAGCUUGAAGAAUGUACACCUAAAGACCUUUUUUUAACUGACUUAACAUAAUGGUUUCUAUCAACUUCAUUCAUAUAAAAAAUAAAAGUUAUUCCAAUUGAUUAGUCUAGUGAAGAGACAACAGAAUUACAGGAUGAUGAAUACUAUACACGUGCAGAAUAUAAUACAUAACUAUAGUAGUUUAACCCUCCUAUAAAAGAAUGGACUACAUAUUGCUAUUGUAAAAAAUUAUAUGAUCCUGGUGAACGCUAUAUUUAAUGUGAUUCUUGUAAUGAAUGGGUUCACUAUACUUGCAGUGGGAAAAGUGACAAAGAACUUAAAAACAUUUCUAAGUUAAGGUUCAUUUGUCUUCCAUGCACAGAAGCAAAUAGGAAGAAAAAAUAAUCUAAUAUUUAAGAGAAUUCAACAUAAGAUGGUGAUUCUACUAAGAUUAGAUCCUUUAAUACUACAUAUGGAAAAAAGAAGAAAUGAG